AAAAGCUGUUAACUAACUUGAUGUGUAAACUUCCAGCGCUUUCAUCUCUCUCUCGUCUUGGCUCGCAGUGUGUUUGUUUUCCUGAAGAUGGUCGCUUUAAGAGGACUUUAUCACAGGUUCUCCCGACUGGCUAAAGUCGCUUCACUAAAGCAAUUCAGGAAAUAUGACAAAUGGUGCACCAUAACCACUGGCAUGAUGGCGGACAAAAAGAGCCAGGCAGUGUCGGACGGAGAGUUGAACAUGUCUGCACGUGGCUGUGGAGGCAGCAGCUCCAGCCUUCCAGGCACUCCGGGCGGAGAGACCGGCCCAGCCAACAGUGUGCUGUCCUGGGCCGUCUCAUUUGAGAAGCUGUUGGAGGACCCCUUUGGAGUCCGACAAUUCACGGCUUUCUUGAUGUCUGAGGUGAGUGCAGAGAACAUUUUAUUCUGGCAAGCUUGUGAAAAAUUCAGGAAGAUCCCAGCCAGCUCCUUGGAGGAGCUGAAAACAACAGCUCGCUCCAUCUACAACACCUACCUGUCUGACAGCGCUCCAUACUCGGUCAACAUCGAUGACACAGCCAAGACAGAGGAGAAGGACCUGAAACAGCCCACACCUGACAUGUUUAACAAGGCUCAAGCACAGAUAUUUAAACUGAUGAAGAUGGACAGCUACAGGCGCUUUGUGCGCUCUCCUCUCUACCAGAGCUGCACCUUGGGAAGUGUAGAAGGUAAACUUGUACCUCAGCUCUCUACAGAGCCGGUCCGCAUGGGAUCCUGGGAAGACGUGGCCACCAGAAGCCCCUUAAGUGACAAGAAGAACAAGAAGUCAUGCUCCAACAGCUUGCCAGGUGGUAAGAGUGCUUCGGAGAAACAGCGACAGAAAAGAAACUCGUGGGGAGAUGCAUCCAACACCCAUAGUUCAGUGUCCCGGAAAGAGUCCAAUAUGUCAGUCAAGUCAAGCAGCAGUGUGGAGCAUGGCUCCCUCUACCAGCAGAUCGAGAAUGGCAGAUCGAGUCCCCGAUCUCCAGAACAGGGUGGUAGAGGUGGGAGUCGGAUAGGGGUGGAGGGAGGCUACUGCUGUGUCUACCUACCCGAUGGCAGUGCCUCCCUGGCCCCUACACGUAAUGGCCAACCCAUCAAAGACAUGCUGACUAGCCUGUGCGAGAAGAGAGGCUUUCCGCUAAAAGAUGUCAUCAUCUACCUUCAAGGCAAGGACAAGCAGCCCUUAUCGCUGGACCAGGACUGCUCUGUUCUGAGAGAUCAGCAGGUCUCUCUGGAGCUCAGGGUGACGUUUGCGCUGGAGGUUGCCUUCACUGGUAAGACAGUUGGGAUCAUGGCAAAGUCCAGUAAGACGCUGCAGGACGCCCUCUCUGCGGUGCUGCAGAAACACCAACUCAAGCCGCAAGAGGCUGUGGUCACCAUGGUUGGAAGCAACGAGCCUUUGAACAUGACCAGCACUGUGUUCAAACUAGCGAACAAGGUGCUACGACUUGAAAAAACCAAAGGAAAAGACCAGACCAACAGAGGCAGUGGUUCUGCUGCAGCCACACAGGCAGGAGCAGUGAGUGCAGGAGGGCUGGAGGCCCAAUCAUUGCUGCAAACAGACAGAGCCAAGACUCAGUCCAAGCCCGGUAAAUACCGCGACAUGGAGGGGCUUCUGGACAUGCUGUCGAGGGCCCAGUGCUGCAGGGUUGAUGACCAGCGAGGCCUUUUGACCAAAGAGCAGCUAGAGAUCCCUCUGUUCCUGAAGCUGGCCUCAGACCAGGGACAGGACACAGAGCCAGACGAGCCGAGUACAACCAGCUCCUCCAAUGCAAGUUCAGCUGAAACCCCGGACUCUGCUGAAUCUAAAGCCAAAGACUUAAGGGAAACAUCAGUUUGAAAGACUUCUGUUUGUGUGAUGGACAAAGACACAAUCAGAAACUACAUCAAACAUCUUACAACAUCAUGAGACCAAUCAUGUCAAAAGACGUUGAAAAAUGGUCAAGCACUUUUUUUUAUAAUUGUUUACAAAUAAGCUCUGAGAGCAGUGUGCCACCAUCUCUGCUACUGAUAAUUGGCCUCUUGAGGCAAUAUGUAAAGAAGAAGAAAGAUCAUGGCAAGCAUUUACAGUGUCAUUUCAAAACACUACAGAUGUUAAUGGGAAGAAUGUUUGCUAUGAAAUGUUUUGAAAAGAAGUUUUAGCUCAAAAUUUCACCCUGAAGCCAAUGUGUUUUGCUGUUUAUUGUCUAACGCUGUGCAGUUCACAUUGCUUAAAUUUCUCACAAUCUCACAUCGUAGUAAUGCUUUUCUCUGAACUCUAAGCAAAAACAUGUUUCUGCACAGGACUGUCCAGAAGGGGGUUUUGAAGUGUAUUAAGAUUGAAGAUAAUAUUUUUACUGAGAUGAGUUUUUAAUAUUUUAAUUUACAAAUUUCCAUUCCGUGUGCUCACUUGCUAUUUUUAAAUGUGUGUUUGCGGUACUUAAACUGUUUGCUGUGAUGGCACUUUUAGCCCUGGUCAAGUCCUGUUUUCCUGUCACCUUAGACUACAUCUCAGGGUCCAGAUCAUGAAUGUGUAACGAGAUAACGGAAUGAACCGACGAUGUGAAUAUCAAAAUAUACCACAGGGUGUAUCCAAAAAAUUAAAUUGUUUCAUGAUGAAAUAGGA